CAAAGGAUAAUUUACCUGUAUACAUGUUUUUCUUUUAAAUCUUUUUACCUGUAGCAGACGUUAAAUUGAUUUUUUUCGGGGAAACGUUAAAAAGCGCUUGUUGGCUAUGGAUGAAAGAGAAUUUCCCCCUCCUCCUCCACCCCUCAGUGCAGAAGGAAAUUUCAACGUAGCUAGAUAUGAAGAAGAGCAGCAAAUAGACGAUUCUGUACCCGUACCGUUAGUCAGCGUACAAAAAGAGACCGAUGAAGGGAAAAUGGAUAAGAUUAAAGGAUUUUUUAACAAGGCAAAAAAGCCAAAAUUACCAAAGAUGCCAUUUUUUAAAAAGAAGAAGCAAGAUAAUGUUUUACAGUUGGACGUCAUUCCGCAAGAAAACUUGAACGAGUCCGAACCUGAGCCGAUGCCUCAGCAAAGUCAAAGGUUAACUCCUCCGGAGCAAGAUUCUUGGUCUCCUGGCCAACCGCUACUCCAAAGAGGAGCGAGCGUUGAUGCGAGGGGAGCAGAGGAGGGUCAGAAUUUUCCCCAACCGGUAAUCAUAAAUAGACCGGAAGAAGCACCUUUGGACACUGGCUUUGCAGCCGAAGGAGAACAGACUAGAGCUCCUUUUAGAGAAAUAACACGAAAAAGAGUUAGAGCGAGUACCGUCACUCUGGCCCUACUUCUUCUAGGACUAGCCGUUGGCAUCGUUUUAACGGCACUUAGCUCCAGAUCAUUUAUGCUGAAGAUUAUCGGGCCAACUCUAAUAGGCCUAUCAUUUUUUGCUUUGAUAGGUAAAAUAUACUUCACACUGUUCCUCGGAGACAAUCCAGAUCUUGGGCUACAACCAAUAGUGAAAAAGGCCCAAAAGAUGAUAAAAAGAAAGGAAAGUUCAAAUUAGAAAAUAGUAUAAAACACUUGCCAUUGUAGUGAAUUUUUGUUGUUUAUUUUGUAUUAUUAAAUUAACUGUAAGAUUGUUGAAGCGAUAAAUUAGAUAAAGCAUGAAUAUUCAUUAAGCAGAGAAGAGAGUAUGUACAAGUAUACCUUUUAACCCACUCAUUUUUUCUCUCUCUCUCUCUCUCUCUCUCGUUCUUUGUCCCCUACAUCCCUGUGUAUAAAUACUACAUUUAAUAUAUGCACUAUUCGUCGAUUGAUACUCCAAAUAUGGUUUUUUUUUUACUAUAGAAAGCGUUGUUUAUAAUGAAAAAAUGUUGUUUUUUAUUUCGGUUUUAAUCUUUUUCCAUCGAUUAUUAAAACAAAUUCCUUGGCUUUUGAUUGGAGCGAAAUCGCAAUCGGCAAAUUCUUUAUUUAAAUAGGUAAAGCCUUCGUAUGAGCAAACUGGGCUAAAGUAAUGAUUGGCUAUGCAUGGUGGACAUUUCUUCAUCGAUUUGACAAGUAUUCCGUUGCAUUUAGCCUCGCAAAUGUUUCUAUAAGUUCUCUCAUUUUCUCCGCAAACCGGCUCAGUUGAGUUGGGACAAGAACACGUUCUGAAACAUUGCCCUUUGUAUCUAGGAACGACUCCUUCACACUCUGCCACGCACGAGUUAUUAUGAGUGAUUCCGUUCGUGUCGCAAACUGGAUCGAGGACCCUUCUACACCUUCGGCAAUCAAACGACAAGGCGUCACCAAUAGCUACGAAUAAGUUUUUUAAAUUAACUUGAACAUACUAAAUAAAAACAAGCAGCGUCACUUACUAAUAAACAGAAUAGAGUAGAAUAAUACAAUUUCAAACAUUUUCCUUAUUGUUAAGCUUUUACCAAAGUGACUUAUUCGUAAACAGUUUUGGCUAUUUAAACGUUUUCCAUCUGUCGAAAGAAUCAUAGGCAAACAACCAAAAACGAACGAAAUCGAUAAAUUACCCAGGUAAAAAAGGAGGAAUAACCUAAAAAGAGAGAG